GUCCGUCGGAUCCCAGCGGUCUGCAAGCGCAGGGGAAUUUCGAUUUCCUCACGUUUGCGGCGGUUAAGCAGAGGAAUGGGGAGGUGGGAUCGCCGCCCGCCUCAGCUGGAGGAACUAGGAAGCGGGUGGCUGAGAGACGCGGUGAAGCAACGAAGAUGGCCGGGAGAGGGAUGGAGCUGGUUUCUGGGCGGCGCCAAAUCUGUGAGGGGGCGCGGUCACCGCGGAGGCUUCCCGAGGACGUGAAGGCGGCCACGUCCUGCUCCACCCGGGUGAAGAAGCUGCCCCGGUGUGUCGUCCUCAGCGGCUCCAGACAUGUCCGAGGUGAAGAACCGGAAGAAGUCGGGGCCCAAGGGAGCCCCCGCAGAGCCCGGGAAGCGAAGCGAGGGCGGGAAGAGCCCCGAGGCCCGGGGCGGCGGAGGCGCGGGCUGGGCGGACCCUCGGACGGGCCUGAGCCUGCUGUCGCUGGGG